AUGGCUAGCAAUUAUUAUGAGAUCGAGUCUCGAAUUAGUAGGGCUCUAGAAGCUCUGAGUCACCAAGAAAAACCUAAUAUCUCAAAAACUGCUCGUCUUUUUGAUGUUCCUCGUCUGCGCCUUCGAAAUCGCUUCUUAGGUCGUGAUUCACGAAUAACACGGCUACCAGGCAAUUUAAAGCUUACUGAGGCCCAGAACUCUGCUCUAAUACAGUAUAUUGAAUGCUGGGCAAAAGUUGGUCUCCCCCCGAGGCCUAAGAUGGUACGAACAGCGGCCGAUUCGAUCCUGAAGGAGGCUCAUGAUGAUCCCAACACCUUACCUCCUACUGUUGGCGAUAAGUGGCUAUCCCGCUGGCUUAUACGUCACCCACAAUACAACAUGAAGAAGGCAAGGGCUAUAGAGGUAGAGCGACGUCGUACUCAUAAUCGGGACGACCUGGAGGAUUGGUAUCGCCGUCUUCAAAGCGUUAUUGCCGUACAUGGGAUCCUAGAUAACGACAUCUGGAAUUUCGAUGAAACAGGCUUUCAAAUUGGUAUUGGAAAAGACCAGUGGAUCAUCACCAGAGAUCAUACAAAGACCUACUUAGGCCUCAACUCCAACCGGGAAUAUGUUACGGUUGUAGAGGCAAUCUCUGCAGCCGGGGACCUAUGCCCUCCCUUUAUUAUUAUGCCUGAAAUCCGGCCGUCUACACCUUCAUCUACGACCUCUAGCGAGGCAGGGUCUUCAGUACUAAGUACGCCUAAGAACAUCCAACGCCUUGCCAAAUUCGCCACAAAUCUAGGAUAUGACGCCGUACAGGACGGCUACGGAUUCACUAGGAGGCUCUCCAAAUUCAUAAAAGGCAGUAUAGCGCAGGGUUGGCUUGCUGCAGGGUUGCAGCGGCAGUUAGACGAGAUGACCAGGGUUCAACGAGAAAAAGCAGAGCGAGAUCGUGCCUCUAAACGGCGUGCCCCGGUUGGUGGAGUCGUCUCCAGUACUAGUCUUGCUCAUAUAGAGCGGAAAGAAGAGGAAUUGGAUACUUUAAAAGAGCGUACUCGUCUACGUGCUAAAUGGAAGCAGGUUAUGGUCGAACUUGUCGACUACGCCAUAGACCGGGGGAUUAUCAUAAAGCGCCAGCGAAAGAGCAGGAAUAAAGAGGAGACCUCUAGCUUUCCAACAGUAUAG